CGUGAAGGAAUCUUGAAUGUUUUUAAAGCUCUGAGGAAUUUUCCUCUUUUUCAGGGGAUUUUCUUGGAAACUUUUCACAAUAAAUUCAAGAUUCGUUUCACAGUUCCUUCAUAAUUGUGCAGAGGUAUAUGAUAAUCAUGAUGCAUAUGUGAUUAUACUUUCCCAAGUAGUUGUAUGUGUGUUUAUGGUCUUGUGUGUGGCUAUGGAGAAACACUUUUGUGGCUUGUCAUUACUGCUUCUGGUCCUGCUUUUAGCCUCCAUAGACAGAUCAACACAGCUUCAAUCAUCUCAAUCUCAAACCCUUUUGAGGCUACAACAGCUUCUCCUCUAUCCCAAAGUCUUAACCAGCUGGAACAACUUUACAGAUUUCUGCAACUCCGAGCCAAAUGCCUCCCUAACCGUUGAAUGCUAUGAAGAUAGUGUAACGCAGCUCCACAUCAUAGGAGACAGAAAAUCUCACAUGUUACCAAAGAGUUUCUCAGUAGACUCAUUUGUUACCACUCUUGUUAAGCUCCCUGAUGUUAAGGUUCUCACCUUAGUGUCCCUAGGGUUAUGGGGUCAGUUACCUGAGAAAAUCAACCGUUUGUACUCGUUAGAGAUUCUCAAUGUCAGUUCCAACUUCCUCUUUGGACACAUUCCUCAUGAACUCUCGUCUCUCGCUAGCCUUCAGACACUUAUACUCGAUGAGAACAUGUUUUCUGGUCUUUUACCGGCUUGGAUUGGCUCUUUACCGAGUUUAGCUGUGUUGAGCUUGAGAAAGAAUGCCUUCAACGGCUCACUGCCUUCUUCACUACGUACCUUGUCAGGUCUUAGAGUACUUUCUCUAGCUAAUAACCGGUUUAAUGGAGCUUUACCUGAUCUAAGCCAUUUGACAAACCUUCAAGUGCUUGACCUUGAGAGAAACUAUUUUGGACCGUUGUUUCCUCGGUUAAGUCACAAGUUGGUUACUCUUAUUCUCAGCAAGAACAGGUUUAGGUCUGCAGUAUCAUCUCAAGAAGUGAGUUCUUUGUAUCAGCUUCAACAUUUGGAUCUUUCAUUCAAUACAUUUGUUGGUCCGUUUCCCACUUCCUUGAUGUCUCUCCCUGCAAUAACUUACUUGAACAUUUCACACAACAAACUCACCGGGCGGCUUUCGACAAAUCUUUCUUGCAACUCAGAGCUGGUGUUUGUGGAUCUUUCAUCGAAUCUUCUUACAGGAAGCUUGCCUGCUUGUCUUAAACCGAGUUCAGGCACUAGCAGAGCUGUUGCCUAUGCAGGUAACUGUUUAGCUACUUCAAAUGAAGACCAGCGUCCAGUUUCUUAUUGUAGCAAUGAAGCUCUUGCUGUUGGUAUCUCACCAAAUAAGAGGAACAGAGCUUCCAAGUUGAGUAUUGCCUUAGGGAUAACCGCAGGCAUUCUUGGGUUGAUUCUCCUUGCUGGUGUAUUGUUUGUGGUUCUCAGGAGAGUCAAUGCUAAGAAGAAAGCAAUGGAAUCUUCUCCAAGAUUGAUCAAAGAGAAUGCUUCAUUUGGAUACACAUCAAAGUUACUCUCAGAUGCAAGGUAUAUCUCUCAAACAAUGAAGCUAGGAGCAGUAGGUCUUCCAUCUUACAGGACAUUCUCACUGGAAGAACUUGAGUAUGCAACAAACAACUUUGAAUCCUCUGCUUUCAUGGGUGAAGGUUCUCAAGGACAGAUUUACAGAGGGAGGUUGAAAGACGGAUCAUAUGUGGCAAUUAGAUGUUUGAAAAUGAAGAAAAGUUGCAGCACCCAAAACCUGAUGCAUCACAUUGAGCUCAUUGCUAAACUGAGACACCGUCAUUUAGUUAGUGUGCUAGGGCACUGUUUUGAGUGCUACUUAGAUGAUUCAACAGUGAGCAGAAUGUUCUUUGUCUUUGAGUAUGUCCCAAAUGGAGAACUAAGAAGCUGGAUCUCAGAUGGCCAUAAGGGAAGACUGCUUACUUGGGAGCAACGCAUAAGCGUAGCCAUAGGUGUAGCAAAAGGGAUCCAGUUCUUGCAUACUGGUAUCGUCCCUGGUGUUUAUGAUAACAACCUGAGGAUAACAGACGUUUUGCUUGACAAUAAUCUCGCUGCAAAAAUCAGUAGCUAUAACCUUCCAUUACUUGUGGAAGGUCUUGGAAAGGUGGUGCAAGUAGUAUCUCGAGCCUGUCCCAAAGGCACUCCAAGGUGUGUCAAAGAUGAAGAUAAAAUAGAUGUUUAUGACUUUGGAGUAAUCUUGCUUGAACUUAUAGUGGGAAGACCAUUAAUAGCAAAGGGUCAAGUCGAUGUUCUAAAAGAGCAGUUACAAGCAAGCAUCUCAGGGGAUGAUGGAGCACGUAGGAGCAUGAUGGAUCCUACGGUCCAGAAAACUUGUUCAGACCAAUCCCUAAAGACAAUGAUGGAGAUAUGUGUAAGGUGUCUCCUCAAAGACCCUUUUGAACGGCCAUCCAUUGAAGAUGUCUUGUGGAAUCUUCAGUUUGCUUCUCAAGUCCAAGACGGUUGGCUACAAAACAGCAAUCCCUCUAGCAUUCGCGGCUCGCCUUCUCCUGCUGCUUCCUCUCUUCCUCCUCCUUCUCGUUUACACAUAACAACACUCGAAUCUCCCCGUGACUCAGGUAGUUAUAAAUCGAUAUUGCACUACAUUUUAUAAUCAUCUGUAAUAUCUUUUUUUUUGUUGUUGUG